CUGAUAUCGUCCGAUAUACGAACAAUUGUUUGAUGUUGCAAAAGAAAAUAUAUAAACACUAUAGGUGGUUCAAUGUUCGCUUCAAGCUAGCGUGAGGUUUUGGUUUAAGACGUCAAUGGCUUGCAUUCAUUGUGCAUGUUGCUUGUAACGAUUAUAAAGUAACAAAAUAGCUUUCGUGGCUCGUAUAUUUGCUCAAGUUUGACAGUAAACGCAGACACGAUGGCUGGAACAAGGGACGAGAUUUUGGCUGAUUUUCAGGCAUGUACUGGAAUCGAUGAUGUCGCAGAUGCCAUCAAAUACUUAGAGGCAUCAAAUUGGGAGUUAUUGGCAGCAGUAAAUCAAGCCAUACCUCGUGGUACACAACAACUACCUUCCGAAAUGAGUCCAGAUAUAGAAAUGAUAGAAGAAAUUGAAAGAAUGCCUCAUUCCUCUUCGUCAAUGUCUCAAACUGUUCACGAGUCAAAGAGUAAUUUAAAAAUGGAUGUAGUAGAAAAUUCAAAACCAGGAACAAGUAAACCUAAAAAUUGUGCAAAAGGAAGAACGCUCACAUUCCGCAUUAAUUAUCUUAAUAAUCUUUAUACAAUAAAUUUAUCCGAGUUUUCUUCUUUGAGGGAUCUCAAACAACUUAUAUGGGAACAAACACAUGUCCCACCUUGCCAACAGCGUUUUCAUGGAUGGACAAAAGGAUUAGAAUCACCUUCUACGUCGUUACAUACGUUAGAUUUGCCAAAAGAUUACACUAUAUCUAUGUCUUCUCGAGCGGAAGAUCCCGAUAUAACAACCGAUAAUUUGGCAGAUCAUAUGAAACAAACGUACACCUUAAAUAUCAAAGAUGAAAUACGCAAGAAAACGUAUAAUUUAAAGUAUUCUGGAACGAAUACAAUCUUGGAUGUAAAGUCAGGUAUUUACACAUUAAUAGAUGUUCCUAUUCGAAAUCAACAGUGGAAAGGUUGGCCAAGUUCGGUGAAAAAUGAUAGCAUUAUGCUAGCACAAAGUGGAAUUUCUUUUCCAGAACAUGAUCUUUCUGUUACUGAACUUCCUAUGAAACAGGAAAAGAAGGAUGUUAUAGACCUAGUUGGAAGCGAUAGUUCUGAAAAUGAAGGAGAUGAUGUAGAAGAUUCAGAAUCGUUUAACGUCGAUGAUGAUAUUUUCAUAGAUUUCAAAUCUACUAAAAUUCAGCGUCUCAUGCCAGAAAACAUGAUAGAUGAGACAAUGGGUACAUUACAUUUUGCAGAAGAAUUUGAAAAACGGUAUGGACAAGCACAUCCAGAAUUUUUUACCGGCAAAUUUAAAGAUGCUGUUAAAGAAUCGUGUUUAAAACCUGCAAAAGAGAGAAAAUUGUUGGCUGUAUAUUUACAUCAUGAUAAUAGUGUAUUAGCAAAUGUAUUUUGCACACAAUUGUUGGGCUCUGAAACAGUACUACAAGUUCUAUCUGCAAAUUUCAUUGUAUGGGGUUGGGAUAUUACCUAUGAGUCUAAUAAGCAGAGGUUUCUUCUGAGCGUUAAGCAAACGCUAGGAUCGGUUGCUGCAUUAGCUAUGAAAAAUAUAGAUGUUGAUACAUUGCCUGUUCUUGUAGUCAUAAUGAGAACUAGAUCUAAUACAGAAAUAUUUACAACAGUUCAUGGUAAUGUGGGAGUAAAUGAACUAUUAACUAACCUUAUUCAUGCUGUUGAAGUAUUCCAGGAACAGAGACGCGCUGACAUUGGAGUUGAAGAAGAAAGACAAGCUAGAGAAAGAGUUAAGCAAGAACAAGAUAGGGCAUAUCAAGAAAGUUUAGCUGCGGAUAGAGCGAAAGAAAAAGCAAAAGAGCAAAAGAAAGUGGAAGAAGAAUUAGAAAAGCGAAAAAAAUUGGAGGCGGAAAAUGAAAGGUUGGCCGAAGAAGCAAAAAAAGAAGCCCAUAGGCAAGCCAUAGAAUCAAGUUUGCCUCCUGAACCACAACAAGGAGCGGGCGAUGGGGUACUGAAAGUAAGAGUACGACUUCCAGCUGGGGAAUUUCUGGAGCGUAGAUUUCAAUCCGACACUCCGUUACAAACGCUUCUUAAUUUUCUCAUCGUGGAAGGUUAUCCUACGGAAGAAUACAAGGUCCUAUGUAGUUGGCCUCGAAGGGAUGUAAGUAGAUGAUUUAACAUCCAUGGAUUCAAAACUCACUCUCAUGGAUCUGAAAUUCUGUCCUCAAGAAACAGUAAUUUUAGAAGAACGAUAAGUAAUUUGUUGUAAUUAAAUUAAAAUGUAGGAAUUAAGGAUCGCAAUAUUCUGAAAGUGUUAUUUAUUUAACAAGUUUCGAAUAGUUGUCAGUUAAUAUGAGUUCUGUUUAUUAUGCAACUA